ACUUAGAUACUCUUUUUCUUGUAAUUGUCUUCUCUUUAGGAAUGGCUGGGCUUCAACAAUACAACUUCUUCCCCACUGAUCUCUUCUACCCUCGUCCCCAACCACAGCCCUCUUCCACCAAACCCUCUCUUCUUCCCAUUCAAACCUCAAAUCCUCAUGCUCAUGCUCAUGCUCAUGCUCAAGAUCUUCACCCCCAACUACCACCCACCACCACUUCCCUUGUUUUUGCUAACAACAACCAUUCUCUUGCUCCUGUUCACAACAACAAACCCUCCAAUUUCUCAUCACACCCACUCUCUUCGCUGCUUUGGAAUGCUCAAGAUGAAGAUGAUGAUCAACCCUCUUCAAUUGUUUAAUCAUCUUUUUUUGCUUAGGACCAUGUAAAUUAUUUAAGGGACUUCCUAAUCCCUUUGCUUUUUCUCUAUGUUGCUUUUCGUUAAUAUUUUACUUAGUUUACGCCACACCACCGCAAAGGUCCUACUUUAUAGAGGAUGAAA